AUGGGCUAUCCAAGACCAUCCCGCCCGAGCUUGCGAAGAACAAAAGGGGACCGAAAAAGGGCCGAGUUGUCAAUCGUGAUUGGGCAUGCGGGUACCGUUGCCGGCCCAAUGCACUCCACUCAUGUGCACAAUGCAUGCACUGGGAGUCCCUGGUCCUUACUCAAGCCCGCCAGCAUCUCGCGAAUAAAGGCCAACCUGCGCAGGGGCAAGAUCAACAAGGGCAAACAAGUUUGCCCCUGGUCGGGGUGUAUCCACAGCGUACCAACGGCCUCGAAAUCAACAGUGUCUUCCAGCGCUUGA